CUGAUUAACUCGAUUCUCUACUAUGGAACCCGAUUUGUACUUGGAAAAAAGGACUACACUUGCUAGUCUUAAUAGUUCAUUCCAACAAAAAUUUAUAUCGCGUCCUUCAACACAAAAUAAUGAAUUGAAUCUUCCUCAACAAAAAAAUGAAUCGAGUUCUCAGGAAGAUUUGAAAUGUCAUGAUCGUAUAUAUUUGAUGCAACAAAAAUCAGAGCAAUAUCGAAAUGAAAUAUCAAGAUUGAAAAAGGCAAUCGAUGUUCGGAAAUCUACUUUAUUAUAUAAUGAACAUAUCACGAAAAGAAAUAAUGCUCUUGAAGAAAAUUUAUUAAAUGUAUAUGAGAUUAUAACAGAAAGUAUUACUCAUUCAUUUGGUUCAAUACGUGAAAUCUAUAAUUUAUUACGACGCGUGAUUGAUGAUGAUGAUAAAGCUCUUGAUAAAGCAAAUGAUGAAGCAAAUAAAGCGAUACAAGAAAUCCAUGGACUUUGUAAAAAGAUAGAUGAUUUAAAACAACAAAAUGGAUUUCCUUGGAGAAUAUUAGAUAAUACGCGUAAUCAAGGUAAGGAUGAAGACGUUAUGGAUGUAGAUGUAAGUAACGAUAAAGACAUGAUCGCAAAUAUAGAUCUGAAAUCUUUGUUAGAACAAUACGAUAAAACAGAAUCUCUCGUUGAUGAAUUAUCGAAUGACCUUGAACAAUUGGAAAAUUCUAAAGAUGAAAUGAUUUUAUGGAAAUUUUCUCACGCGAAAAAUUCUUCAAAUUCACUAUAAUCUUGUUCUUGUCAUUAUAAAAUUCAUCAACGAUAUUAUUUGAACUCAUACCAAUAUCCAAUGUAACUAAUGAGACGUAGAUAAUAUAUAAUUAAUACCUAUCUGUAUUCAAUAUUCUGUAAAAGAGUAUUUAUUGUGUUUAUUUAUAAUUAUAAUAAUAUUAUAUUUUUAUUUAUUUUUUUG